AUGGCCGAAUAUUCUAACUCAUUUUCGAAAUAAUUUAGAGAGGAUUAAGAGGAAUUUCUGAAUAUUGCCAUUAAGAAGUGGAAGUUUCAUAAGAAUUUCAAAAGAAACCUGAUAAUAUUUAGCAUAAUUGGUAUGAGUAAUUGUGCUAUCAUAGGAAUAUUUUUAUUGGUCUUCGCAAUAGUAUUUUUAGUAUUCAAUUUACAAAUAGUUGAAAAGGAAGUCUAUUAUGGUUCAUCAUGUACAAAAAAUCAAGUCAAUUGUGAAAUACCGAUUGAAAUAUCCAGUGAUAUGACGGCACCGAUUUUUGUAUACUACUAACUGGAGAAUUUUUAUAGGAGAAAUAGAAAUUAUUUCAAAUCAAAAUCAGUUGAAUAAUUGAAGGGGAAUGUGGAUGCUGAUCUUUCCAAUUGCGGAGAUUACUAAACGAAUUCUGAUAUGGAGAAGGACCAAUCAUACGGUGCCAAUACAUUAAAUAAGAGCGAGAAUGCCUUCCCUUGUGGUGAAAUAGCCUACACGUAUUUCACGGAUACAUUUAAAUUAAAAAACUCAUAAGGAGAAAUAGUUGAGAUUGAUGAAACAGAUAUAGCUUGGGAGAGUGAUAGAUAAUAUAAUUUCAAAAAUCCAAAGGGGUGGGAAAAGUUUGCUUGGACUAAUAUCGAAGAUGAACACUUCAUGGUUUGGAUGAGAACAGCAGGAUAGGGCAGGUUAAAGAAGUUGUGGGGGAGAAUUCAGAAUGAUCUAAGCAAAGGACAAUAUGUUGUUGCUUAUGACGAGUAAUUGUAUUCAUCGGAUAUGGUCAAAAGUUUCUUUAUGACUACUACAACAGUAUUUGGAUAAAAAAAUAUGGUAAAAUUCUGA